GGGGAGGGUCGCAGGAGGCAGCUUCUCCCACCUCUCUCCUUCUUCUCUCUUGCAGCGUCUCCGCCCCCCAGCAGCAUGGCGCUGCCCCCCCCCCGCCGCCGCCCCCGCCUCCUGCUGCUGCUCUGUGGGGCCUCGGCCCUUUCGCUGGGGGUCCUCUUCCUGGCCGGCGGGGCGCACGAGGCGCUGCUGUCGCGCUCGCUGCCCUACCUGCUCCCCUCCAGCGGGGGGCGCCCCUUCUCCUCCUCCAGCUGCGCCCCCCUCCUGCCCUCCGCCCAGGCCUUCCUGCUGGCGCCCGCGGGCGACCCCUGUGCCCUCCGCACGCCCUUCCUGCUGGUCCUGGUGGCCAGCGCGCCAGACCACGCCGCCCGGCGCCAGGCCGUGCGGGACACCUGGGGCGGGGCGCGGUGGGCCGGCGGGCGCCCCACCAGGACCCUCUUCGCCCUGGGGGUGCCCUCGGAGCCCUCCCAGCAGGCCGCCCUGGAGCGGGAGGCGGCGCAGCACGGAGACCUCCUCCAGGGGCGCUUCCUGGACACCUACGCCAACCUGACCCUCAAGACCCUGGCACUCCUCGGGUGGGCAGCCACGUGCUGCCCAGGCGCCUCCUUCGUGGUCAAGGCCGACGACGACGUCUUCCUCAACCUGCCCGCCCUGGCGCGCCACCUGGGCGCCCUGCCCAGCCCCCCGCCGCCCUACCUGGGCCGCAUCCACUGGUGGGUGCGCCCCAACCGCGACCCCCGGAGCCGGCACCACCUCCCGGCCCCGCUCUACCCGGCCGACACCUUCCCCCCCUACUGCAGUGGCACCGCCUACGUCCUCUCAGGGGAAGCCGUGCCAGCCCUGCUGGGGGCGGCACGCCAUGUCCCCCUGGUGCCCCUGGAGGACGUCUUUGUGGGGCUGUGCGCCCGCCAGGCCGGCCUGGCCCCCCUGCACCUGCCCCACAUGGCUGGCUCGGAGCACUUCCCGCCGGACGCCUGCUGCUACAGGGAGGUAUUGUUCAGCGUCCAUGGCGUGGCGCCGGCCGAGAUGGUGGCUGUUUGGGAGGAGGUGGGCACCCACGAGGGGGCGUGCAGCGCCUGGCAGAGGGCCCUGGGGCUCGUCCGCUGCAAGGCCCUGGCGUGGCUGGCGGCGUGAGGAAGACAAAGACUUCACCGGAGGAAAUCUGCACCCUUGGGGCUCCUCCAGAGAAACCUCAGCAACUUGGGGCACCGGGAGCGGCGCCAGCCAAGCUCAUAUUGCUGAAUUGGCAACUGGUUUUGCAGAGUCAGAGGUGGGAGCCCCCAGGGGUCAUCUAGUCCCACCCGCCGUGAUGCGGCAACUGGUUCAUUAAGCAACACACAAAGUCAGCAGCAUUUCUCCAAGGACACGCCCAGCCCUUCCUUCUGCCUGCAGGUGCCACAAGCAGACGACUUCGGUUGUGGGGCAGAGGUGUAAUGACAGAACUGGACAAUGGGGUGGGACCCCCAAGGGUCAUCCAGCCAAACCCCCUGCAGCGCAGGAAUCUUAGCCAAGGCUCCUUUUGCAGCAGGAUUUCUGCCACUGGAUUUUGGGACCUGGGACAUUCCCCCGCCUUCCCUGGACGCUUUUUGGUUUCAAAAAACGGCCAUGUUACUAGUCGUCAUGGAUUUGGAUGUGAUAUCCGAAACGCAUGGGGUUGGGGGGGCAGCCUGGGCUGUGGGUGUCACCUUCAUGGUGGGGGUCAGAGUGGGGCUUGGAUGUGGGAAUGAAGGCACCUCUUGCACCGCCAGGUCACAAUUCUUGGCCCACCAGCCCCAGCCGUUCGUCUUCAGUGACCGGCAGCCGGUUUCUCUGGACUGCGUCAGAGGAGGGCCAUUCCUUCUCAGCAGAGACGGUGGAGCCUGAGCACAGCCACUGACAGACUGACUACUCACCCACUUGUCUUCGAAAGCCGGCCUUUGCUGCCUCUAGUGGGAGGGAGUUCCAUAGGGAAAGUGCCUGCAGGAUCAGGCCAAUGGGGACCCAUCCAGUCCAACAUCAGAGAGAGAUGCAUAUUAUGGGGAGCCCUAAUAAUAAUAAUAAUAAUAAUGAUAUGAGCGUCGUCUCGCCCAGCCCCCUGCCCCGAUGGGUGUGAAGUUGGGGUGAACAGCCGGCUGGCAGGGCCUGAGCCCCAACAUCCUUCCCAGCAAAGUGGACUCAUCCGGUGGCAUUCACCGCCUCCAACCGCAGAGGCACAGCAUAGCCGUCGCAGCCAGGAACAGUAAUAAUAAGAA